UUUCAAAUUUUCACAAUAAAAAAUUAAAAAUGUAUUUGUUUAUAUAAGUUAUUUUUGUACUUUGGCCUCUGUAAAUUUGUGGUACAAAUCUGGACACUGGUACGGAAAAUCCUUGCUAAAUCUCUUUCAAAAUGAACAUUCCUCUGGGUUUUCGUCUUACGUUUUCAAUUACCAUACCAUUAUUUAUAGUCAACCGUGGCUACAAGAAGAAAUCAUUAAGUUUAAGUGGUGCUUGGUCGUCACUUAUUGUUGGAUUCUUAUUAACUUUCACGAAUUUUUGUUUUUUCUCUGCCCUCCUCGCGUUUUUCGUAUCUGGGUCGAUUGUCACUAAACUGAAGUCGGAAGCAAAACGGAGCAUCGAAUAUGAUUUUAAAGAAGGUGGUCAGCGUAAUUGGGUUCAAGUUGUAUGCAAUGGAGGAGUUGCUGUUGCUGCUUCUGUAUUGUAUCUCCUUGAUGUUGGUUGCCUAGAGCAACCAAUUGACUUUGCUCAUGACUUUAAUGCUUCUAUUAUUUCAAUUGCUUUGCUUGGCUCAUUAGCCUGCUGUAGUGGUGAUACAUGGGCUUCAGAAAUUGGAUCAGUGUAUGGUAGAAACCCUCGUUUGAUAACAACCUUUCGUCAUGUACCUGUUGGAACUAAUGGUGGAGUAACAAUAAUUGGUACAAUUGCCAGUUUAGUGGGAGGCACCAUAGUUGGUGUUGCUUAUUAUGUUACUAUAGUGGCAGUAAUGGCAUUUGAUAUGACACUUAACAAGUACCCACCACAGUGGCCUAUAGUUGUAACUGGACUGCUGGGUGGCAUCCUUGGAUCAUUAUUUGACUCGCUAAUUGGUGCUAAAUUGCAGUAUUCUGGGUACUGUGAGGUCAACAAAAGAAUAGUUCAUGAAUCAUCUGAAACUACAAAACACAUUUGUGGAAAAGCAAUUCUGAGUAAUCAUGGUGUUAAUUUUGUGUCUUCAUUGGUAACGGCAUUUGUUAUGCCAGUCAUUGCAUAUGUGUUGUGGAAAUAUGUUUAAUUUUGAGUGUUGUGUUUAAAUUGAGUUAUUAUGUGUGACAAAUGCGACAUUAGUUGUGCAUGCAAUCAUGUCAGAGCCCAGAAGAAUGAUAACAAAUCAUAGCAAUCCAAGACAAGUGCAUUCUAAGACAAGAAUUACUUGACAACUGAAAUUUUUGCGCUGGUCUUUUUCACCUGCUGCUAAGUACAUUGUCUGCUGGACAACAAAAUGUUUCCUUGUACAUUUCUUCCCGUAAUGUAAUAAUCACCCAAGACAAGAGCAUUCAGACUAACUCUGGUUAGCCACUAAUGCUCCAUAACUACCUCCUUAUCUCUGUUUGGGACUCAGAUAAGGUUCCCAUGGAUAUAAGUCUUAUAAGCUAAGGUCUGGAUUUUAGCUUACAUAUCAGGCACGUUGCCUAGUCAGUGGGUCAUGGAGUGUCAUUAGUUUGUUUUAUGCUAAUUUAUUUUGUAAUUGUGUAAUUUAAUAUUAAAUUGUAAUCAUUGGUAGUUAUAGACUGAACAAUUUUAGGUAAAUUAAAUGCUUGAAUUGUUAUAUUAUUGAUAUAACACAAACAGUGAAUGUUGUAUUAGUUUGACCACCAAAGUGUCCCUCCCUCACCCAAGUGAAACCAUAGCUAAAUGUGUGGUGUAUCUGACUCAGUGGCAGAUCCAGGAUAAAUAUCUGAAUAAAUGACCACAGCUCCAACUUCCAGUCAUAUUGGUAGAUAUUUAUGUAAGAAUAUUCUUUAGAAAUGAAUAACCAAUCAGGUUUUUGAAUUGGAGAUUAGGCUGGUGUAAUUUAUAUUUUGAAUAACCCUGAACCACCACUGAUCUGAUUCACCAUAAAAUUAAAUUUUUGGAACUCAUGUACACAUACAUAUUACUCAAGGACUUCUUCUGUACAGAAUGUACAAUAGCUGUAAGCAAUGAAAAUUACAUAAAAUUAUUUUCAAAUGA